GCGCCAACCUCGUAACAUGAUCGACCGGGCUAGCAAAAUAGCCAUUAAUAUCCCGGCUAGGAGAAGAAUCAUAUGAUUAGGCUUAAGAAAAGAGACAUUCAUUGCCAAGUUUAGCUAAAUACUCUGACCUAUUAGAUAUGUAGUAUUUCUCUUUGCUUUCGAUGCAGUCUCCUCGGACCUUUAGCCGCGUGGGUGUUGCCCGGGUUGAAAUAUACGCAGAGAGGAGGACGCCUUACACGGUUUGUCUGCAAUGCCACCCUUUGUAUUCACCCAACUUUUAUUCUUCGCUUUGUUCUUCCAUUCAACUUCUGCCAAUUCAGGAAUUAACGCGAUUCAAAAUAUUUACCAAUGGAGAAUCUAAAGAGCGAGACUACACAGCUAGAAUUAUCCGGAUUCUCGGAGUCAUUAUCCUUCCAGGAUAUGACGGACAGCGAGAGGAAUCUAAUGGAACGUAAAAUGAUCAGAAAAGUGGACGUUAGACUAUUGACCAUGACAAUUUUAAUGUACAUUCUCAAUUAUCUCGAUCGCAACAACAUUGCUUCAGCCAAACUGGCCGGUAUGCAGACAGACCUGAGACUUCACGGAAACCAAUACGAGACAGCAGUUAGCAUCCUUUUCGUUGGUUAUAUUCUGAUGCAAGUUCCUUCUAAUCUUGUCUUGAACAAACUCGGAAAGCCUUCUCUGUACCUUCCAAGCUGCAUGGUAGCUUGGGGUAUCGUGUCAACCGCAACAGCAGCGACAACGACCUUUGGCGGCUUGUUGGCUUGUCGACUUCUGCUUGGAGUUAUAGAAGCAGCUUAUUUUCCUGGCUGUUUGUAUCUGUUGUCAUGCUGGUACACUCGAAAGGAGUUGGUCAAGCGAACUGCGCUACUCUACUCUGGUUCUAUCAUAUCAGGUGCCUUUUCAGGACUUUUUGCGGCGGGGAUUACUCAAAACCUCGACGGAACUCGUGGCCUCUCGGCAUGGAGGUGGCUCUUCAUCAUUGAGGGAUGCAUGACGAUCACCGUGGCCAUUAUUGCCUAUUUUAUUCUCCCGGACCUGCCUCGCACUACGCCUUGGCUCAAUAGCCAGGAGAAGAAACUAGCUGUGUGGAGGUUGGAAGCAGAUAUAGGAGAGGAUGAUUGGGUAGACAGCAAUCAUCAGUCCUUCAUAAUGGGGGCAAGGGCAGCAUUCUGCGAUUAUAAGGUCUGGCUGCUUCUUGGGUCAGUGUAUGGCUCGACAUCCGCCGGAUCCAUAACCACAUUUUUUCCAACCGUUAUGAAAGGGUUAGGUAAAGGCACCGUUGAGACGCUACUUUUAACGACGCCGCCUUAUUUGAUUGGGGCCGUGAUGCUGUUUAUCAAUGCUUGGCAUGCCGACAAAACCGGCGAACGAUAUCUCCACAUAAUUUUGCCUACAGUGCUCGCUAUUGCAUCAUUCAUUUUAGGUGUCUCGACGACAUCUUUUGCGCCUCGCUAUGUCGCGAUGUGUUUCGUAGUUGGAGCAGUCUAUUCUGGCUACGUGGUAUGUUUGGGAUACAUUUCCAACGUUAUUCCGAGGCCAGCGGACAAACGUGCAUCUGCAAUUGCUAUUAUCAACUGUAUAAGUAAUGCAUGCUCAAUCUAUACAUCUUACUUCUAUCCUGACUCCGACUCGCCGCGAUAUACCAAAGCGUUUUGCAUCAAUAUAGCCAUGCUUGCCAUGUCACUUUGUUUUGCUACGAUUUUACGUAUUGUUCUUGGUAGAGAAAACAAAAGAUUGGAUAUGGAAGAUGGUGCAAAUCCAGAGGAUCCCGUACGAAAUAGUAGAUUCCGUUACCUACUUUAAUCUGCCAUUGUUCAGAUUUGACUAGGCUAUUCAUCAAGAAUCUGAUCUUAUGCUUAUCUGGU